UUUUUGGGGGGGCGGAUGUUUUCCUUUUUUGUAGAUCACAAUGGCCCAAAGGACGUUUAGAACACAUUUGCUAUUCUGCUUUUCUAUGGCUGCAUUCUUCAUCUCUGCCCUAGCUGAGGAACACGUAGGAGAGAGUCAACAUCCAAAUAUUCGCCUUGAUAAGAAUUUGGUGCAAGAUAAAGAACACAUCAUGGAGCACUUGGAAGGUGUUAUCGAGAAACCAGAAUCUGAGAUGUCUCCACAGGAGUUGCAGCUCCAUUACUUCAAAAUGCAUGAUUAUGAUGGCAAUAAUUUGCUAGAUGGGUUAGAACUUGCUACUGCUAUCUCACAUGUCCACAAAGAGGAAGGUGGUGAGCAUACCCAAGCAAUGAAGGAAGAAGAGCUAAUUAGUCUAAUAGAUGAUGUCUUGAGAGAUGAUGACAAGAACAAUGACGGAUACAUUGACUAUGCAGAAUUUGCAAAAUCACUGGAAUAAGGGUGAAAGAAGAGUAAUUCAGAGACAAUGUCAUAAUCAACAGAGCCACUAGAUAGCGUAUGGACACUGCACAUCAGUUCCCUGCAGUAUGGAACAGAGUGAUUCAACAACCUGCAUUUCCCUAAACCACCACCAGUACUCUGACUACAGGCACGGCUUGCUCCUCUUACAAUAUCACAUUGACAGCAUGAUGCCUGCAUUUUUAUUAGUUUAUAGCUGUCAUAAAAGUUUACUACAGAUGGGACUGCUUUCUGGUAAUUAAUUUUCAUCAUUUAGGGAAUCCUAAUUGAUUUGAAGUGAUAGUAAAGGAGCUUCAUUGUAAUUUUGUCAGUAAAAAAAAAGGUGUAAUAGGAAGGCUUUUGAAUAUAAGCAUCGAGCUUUGUCUGAUGCUUCUUGACCAGCUCUAGUUGACCUGGGAGAGGGACCAUGAUGUAUCUACAGUGGUCUCAACCAACAUUAAAGAAUAUUGAACGAGUUUAGUAGGAGUCUG